AUGCAGCAUGUUGCCGAGCGAUGCGAGCAGUGGCCAAGCCUGGAAUGCGUGGUGCUGGCCUACCCGCAAAUGGACUGCGCCGGCGCGCUGGCGCAGCUCGUGGGCGCUCUGGGCAGGCACUGUGCUGGGUUUCAGCGGGUGUCGGCUGACAGGCUCCCACAUGGAAUUGCACUGGCCCUGACCUCCUUCCUGGCCGCCUUCUCCAUUGCCGGCUGCCUGACCCAGCUGACUUCGCUAGACCUCUCGUCAGCCCAUGAGUCAAAAGGACUGCUGCUCUCCCCGCUGGGCUGCCUGGCAGCACUCACAAGCCUCCGCUUCGCCGGCCGCGCGGAUGCGGCCAGCGGCCGCUGGCUGCCGCCCGGGCUGCGCAAGCUGCACCUGAAAGGCUGCGGCUACGCCUGGCCCGGGAUCGGCGGCGCCUCAUGGCUGGACUGUGUGGGCACCUGCACGGGCCUGGAGUCGCUGCAGCUGGUGCGGGUGGAGCCUCAGGACCUCGGCAUCAAGCCUGCUCCGGACGACGGGCUGUCAGUGUUCUACGACACCCUCAAGAAGCUCACGCGUCUCAUUGAGUUGAUGGGCUGCGCGAGCAAGUCGAGCGUCGCGCUUCCAGCAAACGGCGCUGACAUCGACGACGAGGAGGCGGAGGCCAGGUUUCACGGCUUCGACUGCGCCAGGCUGCUCGCGGCGGCCCCGCACCUGCGGCGGCUGGCAUUCUACGUGUGCGAUGAGGUAGAGUAUAUGCGGCUGCGCCCGGCCGUGCAAGGCUCGCUGGACAGCCUGCAGUCUCACGCCGCGCACCUGGAGGAGCUGGCCUUGUGGGUGUUCAGCACGGCGCCCUCCCCGCCGUCGUUCCCCCGGCUGCACACCCUGCACGCCAGCUUUGACAACUGCAAUAACUAUCCCGGCGAGCAGCUGCACCCGGUGUUCCCCGCGCUGCGCGUGCUUACGCUCGGCACCGCGUGGGGCGGAUACGACGGCGUGGUUGUCUGGGAGGAGGUGGCGUCCCUGACCACGCUCGAGCGGCUGUGUGUCGUUGGGGGGCCCCCAGAUUGUAGACUGCAGCUGGAAGGCCGGCUCGACGCGCUGUCGGCGUGCGGCGCGUUGCAGCACCUGCGACUUUGCAGCGUCACAGGGGUCAGCUUUGCGGAGCUUAUGGAGCUCUCGCGUGCGCCGCAGCUGCGGAAUGUGGUUGUGGAGGGCUGCACGUUUGACAAAGACCUCAAGCCGGACGUGCUCGAGGUGUAUGAUGCAAGCAGCAGCGCAAGCGGGCGGCAGGCGGUUGGCAUGCUUGAGGGCAUCACGAAGGUGGUAGCAAAAAAUCCAGCGGGGUUUGACCUGGUAGAAGACCCCGCCGACGCGGAGGCCUGGAGGUCAGCCGGCGGCGAGUCAUACUGCGAGAACCAGCAGUUCCCCUCGCUGUUGGUGGAGCGGUGGCUCGAGGUCCUGGGCCAGCCAGUCUUCAGCCAUGCUGGCUAUGACAAGGACGAGCUUGAGACCCUCAAGGCCAAGCUGACGGGCUGGAUGCUGAACCUGACAAACGCUUCCCUGGAGGUUGAGGGGCAGCAGGAGCUGCUGGACCUCCUGGAUGACCUCAUCAAGGCCGCACCAGAGGCGGACGACGAGGACGAGGAUGAGGAGGAUGAUGAUGAAUGA